UUGACUCAUCGCGAAUCUGUCGCGAGAUUUGCAGAGACCCAGCGUUUAUAUCUUAAUCUACACGCAUACUUGGAUUAUGUCUCCGUCGUCCGGCCCCGUGUGUGGUCUCCGUUGCCUGCCUUCCCACACGCUGUCAACACACACUGGAUGGGAGCGUUCACGGACUCCGCCCAGGUUUGCCAUAUGCUUUAUGCCGCUGGUGUGCCCAUCUGGUACAUCAGGGACCCUCAAUCCAUUCCCCCCGAUAUGAACAUCAUCCGUCAUGUUGAGGUCAUUCCUGCGAAGAUCACUUACAGGGAGUUCUUCGACAUGGACACGCAUGACAAGCCCUUCCCCAUCCUUCGU